AUGGAUAUCUCCGAUGAAUUUCUUCCCAUUGUGUUUAUAGCCGUGUUUUUCCUCGGAUUCUGCAAUGCCAUGAACAGCUCAGGUCCUCGUGUCGGCGUGCCUGCAUCAUGUUCAUAUCGUCCUUCUCGGGAUGACGACAACGGACAAGCGAGCAGUCACUAUGUUGAUGGAAGCAUUGUCUGGGGUGGAGGCCCUCCUGAUUGCGACAGAGGUGUGGACGGAGGCGGUGGAGGCAACUGCUAA